AACGAUCACGAAAGAUAGCAAAGGCGGGCACCAAGACCCAUCAACAAGCAGAGCCUGCCUUGGCCUGGACUGGCUUGACUCAAGCCGGAUACUGCGACGGCAUCAGCACGCAAUCCGGCGGCGACAAGAGCGUCACAGCGCCUAUCCAUGGAGACUUGCAGGCCUGUGGACCUCGGAUACGGACUGGAAUUAUGGGCCGAGGGGACUAGUCCGACUAGGCGUGCCAUGCUCCGCCCUGUCAAACCCUUUGCUCGCCCCCCGUGGGACUUUUUUCUUCCAACCCAACCCAACCACCGACUCUUGCCUAACCCAACACGAUGGGACCCUGAAACACGCUCUGCCCCCUUCACUGACUAUUUUGUUCAGCCCACGCGCCUUACUUCGCUACGCGUCGUCACCCUAGCACCUCCAGCAGGAUCAUUUGAAUUGCGCUCAUUUCACUGCCAUAGUUGUCUCGCAAGCGUCUCAUCAGCAAAGUCACGCCAUGACCUGCAACGAGAAUAUGGCUCAGUCAACACAUCACGCGACUCAUCUGGCUGCACAAAGCCUGAUUCACGGACACUCCGCACAGCAGCAAUUUUGACUGAAAUUUUCCCUCCCACGUCCAGGCAGCCAGCGACCAGGAAGCAAGAGGCAGGUUGUGGGUUUUUUCCUUUUUCAUGCCCUCUCAUUUUGAGAACCCAACCGCCCGCUGGCUCUGUGAGUCAUUCAACUGUGGCCAACCAGGAAGCAGUUAGCCAGCAAAGUGCCCCCCCUCGCAAUGCUAAGGAGGCUGGAGCUGUGCGCCCACUGACUGGCUUCUUGCAUCAUGUACUCAGUACAACGACUUACUGGCAGCCGCCCUUAGAUCUUGCAGUCGUCAUGGUUGUUCACUUUUGGAUGCUGAUGCAUUCUUUAUUUAUCACGCUGCAUUUAUGUGCUUUUGCACCGCUUUCUUGUUAUGCGAGACUGAGCGUUGAGUGAUGCAUGAUUCCCAACGCCUGGGCUAGAUUUUACAAACCUGCAUGUCAUGACUCUUGGAAACCCCAGUCUGCAUUGAGGACACGUUCCAGGAUGCCACCGUCAAUUUGACACCGAGUGGUGACACGAAAAUUUUGAUUGUCAAGGAUCGCCAAGUAUGGUUACCUCUUACGAGAACGCGUCAAAUUACCGGGGCUUGCUGACACAAGUACCUCACUAACAAUUUUCUGGUCCCACGACUUAUC